GUCUGGUAAAGCAUAGGGAAGCAUUGUAAAGCACAGAGAGGUCUGGUAAAGCAUAGGGAAGCAUUGUAAAGCACAGAGAGGUCUGGUAAAGUAUAGGGAAGCAUUGUAAAGCACAGAGAGGUAUGGUAAAGCAUAGGGAAGCAUUGUAAAGCACAGAGAGGUCUGGUAAAGCAUAGGGAAGCGGUGAAGUCCAAAAAUAGCGGGGUAAACUUUUAUAGGGGCAGCAUCAAAUUAGAGCUUAUUUAGUUAUUUAUAGACACAGAGUCGGUGGGGCUGGCAGGGUUCAGAGGUCAUCGUGCCCCCCCGAUUCGAACAGAAGGCUGUUUGUUCCAGGAAAUUCCAGACCAGCUAUACUGGGGGGGCAGGAAAAUAACUGGAUUUAUAUAAACAGAAGAAAAAAAAAAAAACAACUAGGAAGCCGUGUGCAACUGGGAAAGAGAUUGAAAAAACAAUUCCGGUUUUGAGGAAGUUUGGUCAGUACCAAACUGAGAAUGAAUUACCUCGACGGGGUUGGCAUAGCAACUGGUUGCCACUGGCGACGAGACGCAGCGCUCUGAACAUCUCCGUGCUAAUAGAGGGGUGUGGGAGGAGAGAGAGGGGGUGAUGGUGAGGAGAGAGAGCGUCUAUAAAUUAAUAACACCGAGAGAUUUGAUACAAAGAAGUAUCUUCGAAAAGAGCUUGGUCACGUUUUUUUUAAGCUGAGCCAAAGUAGAAAAAGUGUUUGUUUGUUUUUUCCUUGCGUGGCAUUUUAGCGAGUGGACUGCCGAGUGACAGAAUCGCAGCGCUUUGUGGAUCUGUCUGUGUUUGACACACCGCACAGUUGCGGGUAGACCCGCGCCAGCCAGGGCCCCGCCAAAGAUGUCCGCCUAACCCAGCCAGGACCGCGCGGCCGUGCCCCAGCCAAGAUGGCGGACGACGUCCUCAGCAGCACAGUGUCGGCGUCUGGCUCCGCCCUCCCCGUGACCUCAUCGAUGACGCUGGAGCAGAAGGCGGCCUUCGUCUUCGUCCUCUUCCUCUUCUUCUUCCUGGGGCUGCUCAUCGUUCGCUGUUUCCGGAUCCUGCUGGACCCUUACCGCAGCAUGCCGUCCACCACAUGGACCGACUACAUGGACAAAGACACCUUCGACUACCGGAUCGCAUGAGGGACAAAAAAGGAACGGCUGUCAACCGUUCCGUCGCGACGGUUAAAGUCAACCGCUUUUGUGAACUUCAGACUCUUGAGAGCCUGAGAGCUACUUAUUUUAUUUUCAUAUGCCUGGCCACUUUAUUAGGAACGGUACGGACUAUCAGGCCUAGCUGUUGUUUGCCCUGGUCCUACAGCUCUGGCCCAAAGUUUUGCAUCACCCUCCUGUAGAAUGAACUAAUUUUGCUUUAUAGAGUCGAAUGAAACCUGCUGAAUAAUGUCACGUUAACAUAUUGAAUUGCACACCACUGCUUUGUAGUUUUCCCCCAUAUACUUAUAGAUAAACGGACAAAACCCAAACCCUAAUCUAAUAUUUUACUAACUACUAUGGACUCUCUUUUUUUUAGCGAUUUCAUUUGGUAGUUUCUUUGCUUACAUGAUGUUAAAUAAAACAUCUAAAUUAUGUUCUUUAUAUAUAUUUGGAGGCAGAGAGGUCCAGUGGCAAUCGCACACCGCCUCUUUGUAUAGUUUUCCCCGUAUACUUAACAAAAAAACUGACAAAAAUGUGACAUUUUGAAAUCUAACAUGAAAUAUCGCUGCACUGGCUUCCUGGUAGACUUUUUUGUAGUUUAUCUGAUUACGUGACGUGAAGUAAAAGAUAUAAAUGAUGUUCAUAUAGUUAUUUUUUUUAAUGAUGUCUCAAUCCUAAAAUUAUUAUUAUUUGUUUAUUUAGCAGACGCCUUUAUCCAAGGCGACUUACAGAGACUAGGGUGUGUGAACUAUGCAUCAGCUGCAGAGUCACCCGAAAGACGGAGCACAAGGAGGUUAAGUGACUUGCUCAGGGUCACACAAUGAUUGUGUGGGAUUUGAACCGGGGACCUCCUGGUUACAAGCCUGUUUCUUUAACCACUGGACCACACAGCCUGCUAUGUGAUGAGAAUUCUAGGUGAUGCAAAACUUUUGGCCACAGCCACACAGGCACUAUUCCACAACCCUGUCUAUUACUGUGCAGUACCUUUCAUUUAACCAGGAAGAGAGAGAUGUUUGAAUUGAUGUAGCCUCCCUCACUCACUCUAUGCCUUAUACCAGUGACUCCCAACCCCGGUCCUGGGGACCCCCUGUGCCUGCUGGCUCUCAAUUAAUAAACUAGACCUUUAAUUGUACUGAUCGUUUGCUUAAUUAGACCUUUUUAAUUGUUCUCGGGCCCCUAAAAAAAAAGUUGCAGAGUUCAAGUUACUUAUAAAAAUGUUACAGCUGGCUUGGAAUCUGCAACUGUUUAAGAGCUGAAAACAAGUCAAAAAAAUGAAGCUAAUGAUCAGUUCAAUGAAGGGUCUGGUUCAGUGAUGGAGAGCUCAGCUGGGAUGAAAACCAGCAGACACACACAGGGGGUACCCCCAGGACCGGGGUUGGGGAGUCCUGCCUUACACUGCCCUGUUUACACUUGUUAGACAAAGAUGAAGCGCUGUGGGAGUCUGAAAAUUAUUACAAGUUAUCUCAACUAAAAGUACAUGGGACUAAAAAUCAUUGCAGUGAAUCUUACAUUUAUAUAUAUAAUAGAUGGGCUUCAGUGAGUUACAGGAAAAUAAUUCCAUCCAGGGUUUCUGUGACAUCAUAAACUACGAGAGAGAAGGUGGAAUUUCUAAACUGUCACAGAACCCCGAGAUGGAAUUGUUUUCCUGCGACUCACUGAAGAGACCCGUCUCUUAUUUUUUAUAAUCCACGGAUACCCUUGUGAUGCUGAUAUUAAAGAAGACGAGGUUCAGCAGUACAGUUGGGUUUUCUCUUUUUUUUUUAAACGUCGUGUUUCAGCGCUGUACAGGCGUUCUGUGUCGUUAUCCGUUUAGUUUCUCUGUGAUACGAAUGUACCAGCUUUACAUCAUUUUAUGUAAUAUCUCAUUUUGUUGAUCAUUAAUGAACAUAUAUAUUCAUUUAAUACCUGCUGACAACAAAAAGGUUAAAGUGAAUCGCUUGGCUCACCCUCCGUUUUCACAUUACCUCCGUUUCCAUGGAAACCUUUGGGCAUCGCUGAUGUUGACAUUAGCCUGCUGCCGUCAAAGACAGAUACAAAAGAA